AUGAGCUCCGAGGCCCCUCCCGCCGAGCUGAUGUACUGGUUCUUCAGUAACCCUGACAGAGCCAUUACCCUUCCGCCCAAAUUGUCCUUCAAUGACCUCCCUGCCGAGCUGCUGAUCCUGAUUGCCGAGCAAUGCGACUCGCAAGCUGAUAUCCUCGCCUUGGCAAUGACAACCAAGUGGACAGCCAAGGUCUUGCUUCCCAUGCUGCCGAAGCUGAACAUCAAGCAGCACAAGGCAGCAGGCCUGACCUGGGCCGUCAGGCACAACAACCUACCACUCGCACGCCGAUUCCUCGAGACCCCCGGCAUACAGGCAUUCAUCGACAAACCCGUUGUCACCGUUGAGUGGGUACCCAGACCUAGUUUUCGCAUCGUCAACGGCGGGUGGCAGUUUAGGUUGAUGUUCCCGGCCAUGGAUGAAGCCGAAUACGAGGCCCUUCUAGAAUCCGGCAAACUCGACACUCCGCUCUAUCGGGCCGUGGGGCACGGAUACUUGGAGAUGGUGCGCCUGUUGCUGGAGUUUGGCGCGAACCCGGGGACAAGCUCACACCAGUUCUCGCGUUCACUGUUUGCCCCUGACAGGACGCGUUCACUGUCGGCCCUUGAUAAGGCACAUAUCAAGGGAUAUCAUAAGAUCCGGUUCGUGUUGAUGUUGGAGCUGGCGCAGAGGGGUGUUCCUAUUGAGUUGCUCUAUAAUUCCUACGGUAUUGCCGGGCUCUAG